UUUGCCGGCAGAUUCUGAAUCACGAACUCUCCAAGCUUUUCAAUGAGCUCUGGGAUGCUGAUGUGAACCGCUUUGUGCCUGGAAAAGACUAUAUCAUUUCCUUACAGGUAUCAGUUAUAUGUGCCACUAUGCUUAGCUCUCCUGCAUUCUCCCAAAAAGUGAGCAAGGAAGACCCACCCCAUCCGACUAUCCCCACCCUCUGGUGUCUGUGCAUAUGGCGUGAACAUCCGCAGGGAGGGCGUUUUGCGCAUUCAGCCGUGCCACUGAAGGCUCCUUCCUUGUAGACACCUGUGCUGAAACCAUGUGAGCCUGUAGGCUGGGCUGCUUGCCACAUAGGAACAUGUGAGUAAAGCAUAUGCGCAGAGCUUACGUAAAAGAUACGGGGAGUUAUUAUCUGUAUUUUACAUUUCCCCCCGUAACCCAAGUUUGUCAGGGGCUGGAGUCAACAAGCAAAAUAACUUUUCAGAUGCCUCACCUAUAACUGCAGCAAACAUCCAUCAUAGUUCCACAUUUUGCUUACAGGGGAAAGCUGGCUAUGUACCGCAAGGCAGUAAUGCGGCCAGAGACAGAGCUUCUGAACCGCUGUUUUGCAGCGUAAAUGAGCAACGUCUGAAGAACACGGAAACUUAUUCAAGUAAGGCUCCUCCCUUGCAGUUUAACUGUACAGCACACUCUUCUUCCAUUCGAGGGAUAUAUUUAAUAUAGAGGACCCUAAGGUCUAUGAAUAAUAACAGCUUAAAGGUCCCGGGCCCUAAGGAAGCCAGACUAUCCUCCACCAGGGCAGAGCCUUCUCAGUGAUGGCUCCGACCUGGUGGAAUGCUCUGUCCCACGAGACUAGGGCCCUUCAGGACGAUCUCCUUCUGCAGGGCCUGUAAGACAGAGCUAUUCUGCCUGGCCUUCAAUUUGAAUUGGCCUGAUCCUCUAACCCCUUUCCCCUUUCCUCUUCUAUGAAGAAACCCUUCUGGGACCCCACAUUUAAACUCUUCCCUGGUCUUCUUGCUGGCCCUAGUAGGACCAACUUGGCCAGUUAGCCCUGGAUUCUCCCCCAAAUGACCCCUGCAUUUUUAAUUUUUAUUGUCAUUGAUGCUGCAUUUAUGUUGUCUUUUAUGCUGAUUUUAAGUCACAUUUUAAUCAAUGUUUUAUAUUUGCUGUUAGCUGCCCUGAGUCUGGUUUUUAAACUGGGAAGGGCGGGGUAUAAAUAAAAAAUUAUUAUUAAUGUUGAUUUUUAUUAGCAAAAACCCAGACUCCGAGAGAGGGGUAGCUAUGAGAUUGCCCAAACAGCCAAACUACAACUCUCAGGAUUCUUUGGAGAAAACCAUGCCAAUUAAAACGAUAUAAAUAAGCCCAUAUAUCAAUAUAACCAUACCAGUAGAGUUACAAAUUAGGAGAGCCACUGAUAUAUUCAGUCGGUAGCAAAUCACUUUAACAUACGUUUUAUUAGUGGAAGUGUGCAGGAAAAUACACAUGAGAUUAGCCUGUUACAAAACAUGGCUGCAUACUUCAAGUAGCUGGUUUAUUCCAGUCGGAAGAUCACAGGAUUUUAUUUUCCCGCAAACAGAAACCUUGCAUCCCAUGGCCCACACUUUCACAUCCCUUAACACACACACACACACACACACACACACACACACACACCAGGAGCAGGAGGAGUUCCACUUACAAGGCAAAAAUAAAAGAGCAGGUUUUCACUGAAAGCAGCAGAGGAGCCCUGAGUCCUGGCCACUGUAUGCGAGUGGAAAUUUCUGGGAUCUUUCUCACAGAGUGUGCUACGUGCUGUACAGCAAACACCUAGUCCUGCUUAUAGCACUUAAAGUUUGCAACCAUACCCCAAAGGCCCCUUUUUUCUGAUGGCCCUAGUCCCCUGCAACUCAUAGGCAAACUUUUUACUUAGGGCAUGUGGCAUGAGACAAUGGCUGAGUCCCCACUGCACCUUUAAAAUACAUGACUCCCCCCCCCAAAUAUUGGGAACCAUAGUUUACCCUUCACAGAGCUAUCAUUCCCAGCACCCCAGGAUUCGGGGGGGGGGCAGUUUGCUUUAAAUGUAUUGCGUGAAUGCAGGGCCGUCUUAAGCAUAUCUGGCGCCAUGGUGCAAAGCUCCCUGUGGCACCCCCCCAUUUCCCAGAGUUUUUUAGGGAGGACGGCGCUGUUGGCAGGGCUGGAGGAGGUGGGCAGCGGCUGGAGGGCGGCUCCUCCAGCGGGGAAGAGGCGGAGGCUGGAUGCGACGCCUCCCGGCGCAGCUGGCCGCUUCGUGCCGCGGUGGCCCUGGCAGACAGAGGCUCCGGGCGCGGCGCUGCUUCGGCACGGCAUGGCGGAGGUGGGCGAGGGCGGCAAGCUGAUGCCAGGAGGUGCCGCGUCCAGCCUCUGCCUCUUCCCUGGCACCCCGCACUACUAGCCUCUAUGGGUAAGACGCCCUUGUGUGGAUGCAGCCUGAGUGAUAAGAGAGUCCACACAUAAAUUGGUAUUUGAACCCAGGCCCAGUCAACACUGUGCGCACUGCAUAAGGAACAUAAAUGAAACUUAUCUUUCUUUCCACAUACUGAAUUAAUCUGAGGGAUAUAUUUCUUCUUAUAGCCUUUAUUUCCCUGUUGGACAACUACGAGACAUCAACUGGUAUGGCAGAGCUGGUGACGGCAGAGGAAAUAGCUGAAAACAACCGCUUUCUCGAUGCAGUGUUAGAAACUGACGUGAUGAAAGUGAGUACAGGAGUGGUAGGAAUGCCUAUAUUUUGCUUUAGUUCAGCAGCACCAGUGCCCAUUAGAGGUCCUGGGAUUCUGCAACCUAGAAUCAUAGAAUCAUAGAAUCAUAGAGUUGGAAGAGACCACAAGGGCCAUCGAGUCCAACCCCCUGCCAAGCAGGAAACACCAUCAGAGCACUCCUGACAUAUGGUUGUCAAGCCUCUGCUUAAAGACCUCCAAAGAAGGAGACUCCACCACACUCCUUGGCAGCAAAUUCCACUGUCGAACAGCUCUUACUGUCAGGAAGUUCUUCCUAAUGUUUAGGUGGAAUCUUCUUUCUUGUAGUUUGGAUCCAUUGCUCCGUGUCCGCUUCUCUGGAGCAGCAGAAAACAACCUUUCUCCCUCCUCUAUGUGACAUCCUUUUAUAUAUUUGAACAUGGCUAUCAUAUCACCCCUUAACCUCCUCUUCUCCAGGCUAAACAUGCCCAGCUCUCUUAGCCGUUCCUCAUAAGGCAUCGUUUCCAGGCCUUUGACCAUUUUGGUUGCCCUCCUCUGGACACGUUCCAGUUUGUCAAUGUCCUUCUUGAACUGUGGUGCCCAGAACUGGACACAGUACUCCAGGUGAGGUCUGACCAGAGCAGAAUACAGUGGCACUAUUACUUCCCUUGAUCUAGAUGCUAUACUCCUAUUGAUGCAGCCCAGAAUUGCAUUGGCUUUUUAGCUGCCGCGUCACACUGUUGGCUCAUGUCAAGUUUGUGGUCAACCAAGACUCCUAGAUCCUUUUCACAUGUACUGCUCUCAAGCCAGGUGUCCCCAUCUUGUAUUUGUGCCUCUCAUUUUUUUGCCCAAGUGCAAUACUUUACAUUUCUCCCUGUUAAAAUUCAUCUUGUUUGUUUUGGCCCAGUUCUCUAAUCUGUCAAGGUCGUUUUGAAGUGUGAUCCUGUCCUCUGGGGUGUUAGCCACCCCUCCCAAUUUGGUGUCAUCUGCAAAUUUGAUCAGGAUGCCCUGGAGUCCAUCAUCCAAGUCGUUGAUAAAGAUGUUGAAUAAGACCGGGCCCAAGACAGAACCCUGUGGCACCCCACUAUGGGUGAGGGGGAUGAUGUUUACCGUCCACUGAGUGGUAGCAUAGUCAAGACCACAACCUAAAUGUACCUAAUAUAUAUGAACCUAAUUAUAAAUGAACAUUAUAUAUAUAUAUAUAUAUAUAUAUAUAUAUAUAUAUAUAUAUAAUCUAUCAUCUAUCUAUCUAUCUAUCUAUCUAUCUAUCUAUCUAUCUAUCUAUCAUCUAUCAUCAUCUAUCUAUCCUGGGCUUUGUUUUUGAAUAAGCACCCAAGAGUUAAGCUCAUGUUUAAAAUGCUGCAUCUAGUUAAAACAUUUUUGCUCUUUUGACAUGUUAAGAAGAUGGAACUAACCUGUAAGUAAAUUUUUGAUUGGCUAUAGACAGUACUGGAUUUAAAGGAGAACUAAGUAAGCUAUAGUCAGUGUGUCUUUAAAUUCGGUACUGUCUAUAGCCAAUCAAAAAUUUACUUACAGGUUAGUUCCAUCUAAGUACACUACAGUUCAUUGCCUCAGAUUGUGAGGAGUCUCUAAGUACUUUUUUCUUCUUGUCAGUUUCAAGACUUAAUAAUUGCUUAAAAAAUAAAGGAAACAGGGAAAACAUACUCUUUAUUGUUUUCACUGUCCUUUCUGUUAGAGCUUGGCAUAGCUUAGGACCUCAGCAUGUCUUAACUCUGCCUCGGCUAAAGAGAUCACUGACAUUAGGAGUGAAUCAUGAUCGUGUCAAACAACAAUUCCUCUCUGCUAAGGGACUGGCUUUUACAGAUCUCUGAUUCCCGUAAAUAUGUGAGACUUCACUCUCAGUCUUGUCUUCCCUGAAACUUUCUGAACCUUUCUUCUGCAGGAAACUCUGCAAACACUCUGAAACCUGAGGUCUAUGUUAAGAUUUUAACACCCCUCCCAAUUCAUGUCAAUUUCAUCUCUUCCAGCUUACCCAUCAAUAUUUAGUUAAAAAAACCUGGACUAAACCAGAUCUGAAGGAUUUCAAGUCUCAGCUCUAUGCUAUUUGGUUUCACCUCUACUCCAGGGAUGGAGGAAAAGGGUAUGGCUGAUUUUUAAUAGACUCUACCAUAGCUUGAAUGAUGUAAUAUCCAAAUAUUGUACAGACUUUGCAGCUCGGACCUAAAGAGUAAGAAAAUACACUCUGUAGGAGGAUAUCAAUCUUCUAUGUUUACAUGGGAAAGUAGAGAUGUCAAGGAAAUAAAGAGCUAUCCGAGAAGUGAGGUUACAGGGAACCAGGCAAAGGGCCUUCUCGGUAGUGGUGCCCGCCCUGUGGAACGCCCUCCCAUCAGAUGUCAAGGAAAUAAACAAUUAUCUCACUUUUAGAAGACAUCUGAAGGCAGUCCUGUUUAGGGAGGUUUUUAGUGUUUGAAGUUUCAUUCUGUUUUUAAUGUUCUGUUGAAAGAUGCCCAGAGUGACUGGGGAAACCCAGCCAGAUGGGCGGGGUAGAAAUAAAUCAUCAUCAUCAUCAUCAUCAUCAUCAUCAUUAUUGGGAUCCUUGGUCUAUUCCAACAGGGCUCUUUAGAUGUUCUUAGUGCAAGUGCAAGUGCUUUUGCUAAUCUGCUCUCUGACUUACUUAAGGACUCUUAUAAAUCCAGAUGGUUCCAACUCAUACACAGCAAAAUCAGAUCUAUUGGUAUUGACUUGGAACUCUUUUAUAAUUCAAGUGAGCAAUAUAUUUAUUGCAAUAUUCAAACCAGAUUAAGAGACAUUGAAAAACAAAACAUCGAAUAAAAUUGGCUCCCCCAAGUUCUAUGGUUUAAAUGCAACAGAUAGCAGGGUCACUUGUGUCUCAAAAUUAAUAAUUCCAGUCCAACACAUGGCAUUUAUGUUAGCCCAACUGAAUGUUUUCCCCUCAGCUUUUGUCAAGGGCAGAUAUUCAAACAUCCCCAGAAAUGAUAGACAUUGCGGAUGUUCUUUGAAUGUGUACACUGUACAACAUAUCCCUUGUACAACCAGCUACGUAAACGUGUAACAUCAUGGCACAGUGAAAAUAUCAGAUUCUAUCUGUCUGUCCUUGAACAGUACUUUUCCUUUCCCCACUCAACCCUCAACUCCCAAUGAUUUGCUUUGCAGACCUGACUCUUGCGGAUUCGAACAUGUAUUUGUUGGGGAAACUAAGCGAGGUAAAGAGAUCCUGGGACUGCACAACUGGGUGCAGUUUUACCUUCAAGAAAAACUUAGGCACAUUGACUACAAGGGUUACGUAGCCAGGAAGAACAAAAACAGGGUAAGAAACAAUUCUCUCUCUCUCUCUCUCUCUCUCUCUCUCUCUCUGUGUAAUAUAUAGAACAUUCUGCAACUGUUUAUGUGCACAAAUCUACGCCUGGGUUAGCAAAUAAGCAACACACGUAGGACGUGAUAUUGGAAGAGUACUUUUAAAAACCCAGAGCGUCUUCAGGUAGAAGCCUGCUAAGCAUCUUGCUUCUGAUUUCUCUUGGUUUAUACUUGCAUCAGAUUCCUCUGUCAUUCAUUCAUUCAUUCAUUCAUUCAUUUAAUAUCCAUCCUGCUCUUCCUCCCAAAAGAGCCCAGGGUGGCAAGCGAUAAGAAAGAAAAACAUCUUGGGUGGAAUUCAGUGGGGUGCUAAACAGGGCAUGCGCAGCAUGGGGAACAAUUUCCAGGCCCCUUGUGUGCCCCCUAAAUCUGUUCUGGGAUCCCCCAACCCUUCAAAGCAGAUUUAGGGGACACAUACACUAGGAAGGAAGGGACGCGGGUGGCGCUGUGGGUUAAACCACUGAGCCUAGGACUUGGCAAUCAGAAGGUCGGCAGUUCGAAUCCCCACGACGGGGUGAGCUCCCGUUGCUCGGUCCCUGCUCCUGCCAACCUAGCAGCUCGAAAGCACGUCAAAGUGCAAGUAGAUAAAUAGGUACCACUCCGGUGGGAAUGUAAACGGUGUUUCCGUGCACUGCUCUGGUUUGCCAGAAGCGGCUUUGUCAUGCUGGCCACGUGACCCGGAAGGAAGCUGUACGCCGGCUCCCUUGGCCAAUAAAGCGAGACGAGCGCCGCAACCCCAGAGUCGGCCAUGACUGGACCUAAUGAUCAGGAGUCCCUUUACCUUUACCUUUACCUUAAACUAGGAAGGAGGAGAGGAGGAGGGCGAAGUCCCACUGCACAAGCAAACACAACCACUUACUUUAACUCCACCCCUUCUCAACAAUUCCAGGACAGAUGUAGACUGGGAAAGAGUUCAGCUUAAAAGCCUUAUUGACAGAAGAAGAGUCUUCUGUGGGUGCAAGUGCCAAGUGCCUGGACUCAGGAGCCACCAACCCACAACACCUCCAUCUUGCCAGGACUCAGAGUCGGUUUAUGGGCCCUCAUCCAACCCCACAUCCAGGGCUUGCACAUCCUAAGUGGAUUUUAGACAUGAUGCAUUACAUUUACAUGUGUUUUCCCCCUAAUUCCACCCCCCACAACCAAUGGCUUCACUUCAUCUGAGCAUUCAGGGAGAUGGGCUUUGCUGCCAUGCUCAGCUGGGAAAGUGCCAGCAAAGCCCACCCCCUACUUUCCACGGUGCAACAUCACCUGCUUCCUUCCCUGGCCCCAGAAAUCCCAUUGGUUUGAUUCAGUCAUAAUUUAAAAGGCGUAUCUGUUCUAAUGUGUUGUGUGUUUGCUUUCAGCCUGAUGAGGACGACCAGGUUUUAAGCCUUCAGUUCAGCUGGAAGGGGCUCGUGAAGCCCGUGGGCAGCAGCUUCAUUGGCGUCAGCCCCGAGUUCGAGUUUGCCCUUUAUACUGUGAUUUUCCUGCAAGCAAAUGAAAGAGUGACGCGCCAGAGGGUGAGAAUAGAGGAAUACGAACUGGAGAUUGUCGUUUACCGCCACGGGCAGCACAUAGGAACAGCCUAUCCCAUCCUCCUCAGCAGCGACAAUGAAAAUUUGUACUGAUGACCUCAAUUUUGAAGAGAAAAUUAUUUUUAUUUUUAUUUUUUAAAAUAAUUUUUAUUAAAGUUUCAAUCAAAAAUUGAACAGAAAAGACAUAAAAAAAAGAUACACAAAUACACAAUACAAAUCCCAGAAAGAAAUAAAAAAAACACAAAAAGC